AAUGCAAUGUAAUGUAAUCGAUGUAAACAUUAAAUAAUUGUGAAAAAUUAAUUAUUAAAUAUUAGUUAAGUUAUUAAAUAUUAGUUAAUAUGGCUCAAAGUGCGGCCAGUUCCAGCUCUUCCAGGCGAACUGGAAGAGACCACGAGGGCCCUCCUGGCGGCGCUCAGAGAUUUCCUGACACUGAAUGGGAGGCAAAAGAGUCUCAUCGACAGAGGGAAUUGGAAGAAGCCAGGGCCAGGACAGCCCAGAUGGAAAAAACUAUGAGAUGGUGUAAUGGCAUGGGACAAGCUCAAAGUCAAUCUAGUGCGGGAAGCUGCGCAGACUGUGUUGGGUACGAUGGCUACUACAGAGGUUACCCUGGAGCAUAUCCAGGACUACCAGGCACGGAAGUACUAGCGCAAUAUGGCAGACCAGGCCAUGCAGCACCACCAGGAGUGAGUGUCGAUAAAGAUACUAGGCCAAGACCGGGACUACCGGAUCGUCUAACAGGUCCAGAUGGAUGGCAACCGCCCACUACGUUUGUUCCAGGACGUCCUUCCGGAACCGCGCCAGGAACGCCAUUACGUCCUGGUCAAGUACCCAGCCCAGGACAAGUACCCCGUCAACCCGGUGCGUUAUUACCUGGACAAGUUAGUGGGCAACCUGGCAUUACAAAACCGCCUGGUCAGAUACCAGGGCAGCCUGGUUGGCAAUAUCCCGGACAAGCAGGAAUACAAUUACCAGGGCAAGUAGGAGCUCAACCCGGAGCUCAAUAUCCAGGGCAGGUGGGAGGUGUAGGCCCAACCGGUCAACAAUUUGCUGGACAACCUGGUGCACAGUAUCCAGGUCAAGCGGGAGCACAAUAUCCAGGCCAAGUACCCGGUCAAGCAGGAGCGCAAUAUCCAGGCCAAGUUCCCGGUCAACCAGGUGCACAAUAUCCAGGCCAAAUACCCGGUCAAGCAGGAGCACAAUAUUCAGGACAAGUUUCCGGUCAAGCCGGAGCUCAGUAUCCUGGACAAGUACCCGGUCAAGCCGGAGCUCAGCCAGGUACCCGGUCAAGCAGGAGCGCACAAUAUCCAGGACAUGUUCCCGGUCAAGCAGGAGCGCAAUACCCAGGACAAGUUCCCGGUCAAGCAGGAGCGCAAUACCCAGGACAAGUUCCCGGUCAAGCUGGAGCACAAUAUCCAGGCCAAGUACCCGGUCAAGCAGGGGCACAAUAUCCAGGCCAAGUACCCGGUCAAGCAGGAGCACAAUAUCCAGGCCAAGUCCCCGGUCAAGCCGGAGCUCAGUAUCCUGGGCAAGUACCCGGUCAAGCAGGGUCACAAUAUCCAGGCCAAGUACCCGGUCAAGCAGAAACAAAUAUCCAGGCCAAGUACCCGGCCAAGCUGGAGCACAAUAUCCAGGUCAAGUACCCGGUCAAGCAGGGGCACAAUAUCCAGGCCAAGUACCCGGUCAAGCAGGAGCACAAUAUCCAGGCCAAGUCCCCGGUCAAGCCGGAGCUCAGUACUGGGCAAGUACCCGGUCAAGCAGGAGCACAAUAUCCAGGCCAAGUACCCGGUCAAGCAGAAACAAAAUAUCCAGGCCAAGAACCCGGCCAAGCUGGAGCACAAUAUCCAGGCCAAGUACCCGGCCAAGCUGGAGCACAAUAUCCAGGCCAAGUUUCCGGCCAAGCCGGAGCUCAGUAUCCUGGGCAAUUACCCGGUCAAGCAGGGGCACAAUAUUCAGGCCAAGUACCCGGUCAAGCAGAAGCACGAUAUCCAGGCCAAGUACCCGGUCAAGCAGGAACAAAAUAUCCAGGCCAAGUACCCGGCCAAGCUGGAGCACAAUAUCCAGGUCAAGUACCCGGCCAAGCUGGAGCACAAUAUCCAGGUCAAGUACCCGGUCAAGCAGGAGCACAAUAUCCAGGCCAAGCGGAAGCUCAGUAUCCUGGGCAAGUACCCGGUCAAGCAGGGGCACAAUAUCCAGGACAAGUACCCGGUCAAGCAGGAGCACGAUAUCCAGGCCAAGUACCCGGUCAAACCGGAGCUCAGUAUCCUGGGCAAGUACCCGGUCAAGCCGGAGCACAAUAUCCAGGCCAAGUACCCGGUCAAGCAGGGACCCAAUAUCCGGGCCGAGUACCCGGUCAAGCAGGAACACAAUAUCCAGGCCAAGUACCCGGCCAAGCAGGAGCACAAUACCCAGGCCAAGUACCCGGUCAAGCAGGAGCACAAUACCCAGGCCAAGUACCCGAUCAAGCAGGAGCACAGUACCCAGGCCAAGUACCCGGUCAAGCGGGAGCACAAUACCCAGGCCAAGUACCCGAUCAAGCAGGAGCACAAUACCCAGGCCAAGUACCCGGUCAAGCGGGAGCACAAUAUCCAGGGCAAGUACCCGGUCAAGCAGGAGCACCAUAUCCAGGCCAAGUACCCGGUCAAGCAGGAGCACAAUAUCCAGGCCAAGUACCCGAUCAAGCGGAGCUCAGCCAAGUACCCGGUCAAGCAGGAGCACAAUAUCCAGGCCAAGUACCGGUCAAGCAGAAACAAAAUAUCCAGGCCAAGUACCUGGCCAAGCUGGAGCACAAUAUCCAGGUCAAGUACCCGGUCAAGCAGGAGCACAUAUCCAGGCCAAGUACCCGGUCAAGCAGGAGCACAAUAUCCAGGCCAAGUACCGGUCAAGCAAGAGCACAAUAUCCAGUCCAAGUACCCAGUCAAGCAGGAGCACAAUAUCCAGGCCAAGUACCCGGUCAAGCAGGAGCACAAUAUCCAGGCCAAGUACCCGGUCAAGCGGGAGCACAAUAUCCAGGCCAAGUGCCCGGUCAAGCAGGAGCGCAAUAUCCAGGCCAAGUGCCCGGUCAAGCAGGAGCGCAAUAUCCAGGCCAAGUGCCCGAUCAAGCAGGAGCGCAAUAUCCAGGCCAAGUACCCGGUCAAGCUGGAGCACGAUAUCCAGGACAAGUUCCCGGUCAAGCUGGAGCACGAUAUCCAGGACAAGUUCCCAGUCAAACAGGAGCACAAUAUCCAGGACAAGUUCCCGGUCAAGCCGGAGCUCAGUAUCCUGGGCAAGUACCCGGUCAAACAGGAGCACAAUAUCCAGGACAAGUUCCCGGUCAAACAGGAACACAAUACAUAGGGCAAGUACCGGGUCAAGCCGGAACACAGUAUCCAGGUCAAGUAAAAGAAACUAGUAUUUCUAAAGUACCUGGAGAUGCAGCGGGUCAAUCUGGAAUACAAUAUCCCCCAGAUGUAUCUGGAUUACCAACGGCAAAAUAUCCCGGACAAGUGGUUGAUCAAUCAGGAGUACAAUUCUCGGAAAAAACUACAGGACAGAUGAGAAGUCAAACCAGCGCUCAAUACCCAGGACAAACUGCAACACAAUAUCCCGGUCAACUACCAGGACAAACUGCAACACAAUAUCCCGGUCAACUACCAGGACAACCUGGAAUUCAAUACCCAGGUCAAUUACCUGGACAAACCGGACGGUAUUAUCCAGGACAACCUGGCGCUCAAUACCCAGGUAAAUUACCAGAACAAACAGGCGUUUCAUAUCCAGGUCAAUUACCAGGGCCAACCCGCGCUCAAAUUCCAGGACAACCAGCAGUUCAAUACCCAGUUCAAAUACCAGGACAACUUGGCAUACAAUUUCCAGGUCAAUUACCGGGACAACCCGGCGCUCAAUACCCAGGCCAAUUACCAGGACAGCCCGGCGUUCAAUACCCGGGUCAAUUACCUGGGCAGCCCGAGUUCAAUACCCGGGUCAAUUACCUGGGCAGCCCGGAGUUCAAUACCCAGGUCAAUUACCUGGGCAGCCCGGAGUUCAAUACCCGGGUCAAUUACCUGGGCAGCCCGGAGUUCAAUACCCGGGUCAAUUACCUGGGCAGCCCGGAGUUCAAUACCCGGGUCAAUUACCUGGGCAGCCCGGAGUUCAAUACCCAGGUCAAUUCCCAGGACAGCCCGGCGCUCAAUUACCGAGGACAGCCCGGCUCUCAAUACCCAGGUCAACAACCAGGACAAUCCGGGGCUCAAUACCCUGGUUAUAUACCAGGUCAGCAAGGACAAAAGCCAGACAUCACAGGCCACCUUGAUAUUGGUGAUGGUUCUGAUGAAGUUUCUCAAGCUGAAACUUCAGUCCACAGUAUAGAGGGAGGUGAGACACAAGCAGCAGCGUCUGCAACCGGAGGGGCUGCUCAGACACAAGUGAGCGGAACGCACAGCGGAACUGGAUCCUUUAGCCAAGCAAGUAUAGCUGACGUUAGCCGAGGUGCAAGUGCCCAAAUACAGGGGAAUGCAAAAGGAGUUACUAGCAGUGCACAGGGUCAUGCUGGUUCUGGCAACGCGCAAGCUCAAGUUGCUACUUCUGCAGACACUGGUGCAACUUCCGCAAGCGGUCAAUCUUCCGGUUGGAACCACGGAACCAACACUUUAGUUCAAGCAGGCGGAAAAGGAGGCAUGGCAGAUGCUCAAGCCGAAGGACCAGGAAGCACAUCGUCACAAGCUCAAAUUGGAUUUAAGCCUGACGAAUCCGCCAGUGGAGAACAGGUGCAAUCGACGCCUUUCCGUGGUGGAGGCACCGCUUCAACACAAUCUGGACGUAGUACAGGACAAAGUCAGAGUCAAAUUCAAGGGCGAUUCAAUUACGGCAUUAGUUAUACAGGCGCGGCGCAAGCCGCUUCGGGCAGCAAGGACGGUGUUCAAGGAUUCAGAAAGCUACCAAAACCUGAAGGAGUGUUUCAAGCUGGAAGUGGAGAAGAAUUAAAUAAAAGAUCUGCCAUUGGUGGAAGCAGUACUACGGCGGAAACACACGAGCAGAAAAAGGUGCUGUCGGGAGUUCAACACGAACACCACAUGGAAGCAUGGAAGCGGGGCUUUCGCAAACUCAACAUAGUGCAAAACCAAUAUUUGGAGAUAGUACUACACACCGAAGACAAAUCAUCGCCAUCAGCAAAUCCUCAACCGACACCAAGUGGAAGUAAAAUAACACAAUCAACGCCGACUCAGACCCAGCACAUCGUGUUAGGUGAGGGCCAAAGGGCAAGAGUUGUUCAAGAACCGAGAGGAACCGUUGUACCGAGUGGCGGAAUAGUUUUUCAACCUGGAGAGACAGUUGGUAAUACUGGAUAUGUAGUUCCGCAAGGAUUUAGAGGAAGACUGGUUUCGGGAGCUGGCAGUUUGGGAAAUACUUUUGCAAGUGGGGGAAAAAAUUCGCAGGCUCAAACAGCGACUUUAGCAACCAGAAGUUCCCAAUCAUCCCUAAACAGCCAGAGCAAUCGUGGUCUCCUAAGAAACGGAUACAAACCGAGUGGUUACGUUUCGGUAACAAAAUCGGAAUCCGGUAACGUCGACCGAGAAAAACAGCAACCUUUGCCUCAACAGAAGGAAGUCAGGAGAAAAACCUAUGAGCACACAUAUUACACAAAAUCAUCCACAUGUGGAUAUUUCACAUUCUCGUGCAAUAUUGUAUACGGAUCGAAUGGAAGGACCAAAAUUUGUAAACCGAAGAAACAGACGAAUGCUGACGGUACACCAAUCACAUGUUAA